UAGGCGGGACUUCCGGGUUUUGCAAAGUGGACGCCAUUUGCUUCUACUGUACAGUCGUGGAUGGUUCUAAUUACGGAAUAGCUAGCCAGCCUUUCUCAGGUCUUUCAUCAGCCCUUCAUUCUGAGCAGUGGAGGCUGAUAGGAGUUACCUCUGGGCCGUGACUCCUCAUAACGGGCGUGUCCCGUGGUCGCUCGACGGGCCGCGGCCUCCCGGGAGUCUGUUAGCCCGCCCUUCAUCCCCGCAGUCGCCAAGGGCGGCGCCCGGGGUGUUGUGCGCCCUUUCCACGGAGGACACCUCGGCUCGGAGUGCGACAGUCAGCCGAGGUUCUUCUUCUUCCAGCUUCGCUCGACCCAUAGAGUCCCGCAAUGGCGGCGUCGCCGACCCAUCAGACGCUGGUAUCUGUGACCUUCAAUGAUGUGGCUGUGACUUUCACCCAGGAAGAGUGGGGACAACUGGACCUGUCCCAGAGGACCCUGUACCAGGAAGUGAUGCUGGAAAAUUGUAGGAUCUUGUUGUCUCUGGGGUGUCCUGUUCCCAGACCUGAGCUGAUCUACCAACUGGAACAUGGGCAGGAGUUGUGGAUGGUGAAUAGAGACCUCUCCCAAAGCACCUGUCCAGGUAACAAAGAAAAAUUCAAGACCACAGAACCUACCAUUUGUGAGCCAGAACUGUCUGAGGGAGCCUUACUCCAGGAACAACCAACACAAAAAGUUCCAGGGGACUGGCAGGUGAACCAAACCAAGGAGCAGGCUGGUCCAUCAGAAUUGCAUAAAGGACACAGGAGACCAGGGAUAGACCCCCAGAAGGAGAAGUUCCCUGGGAGCCGUGAAGGUGGCAGCUCAAGGACAGCUGCUGGUGUGUGUUCAAAGAUUGUACAGGAGCCAGUCCCUCCAGGAGAUGCUGUCUUUGACCAUGACUCAUGCAGAUUAAGUAAAGAUCCCAUGACUCAGGAAGAGGAAAAUAUCUUUAAAUGCAAUGAAUGCGGGAAAGUUUUUAAUAAGAAACACCUUCUUGCUGGGCAUGAAAAGAUUCACUCUGGAGUGAAGCCCUAUGAAUGCACAGAGUGUGGGAAAACGUUUAUUAAGAGCACACACCUCCUGCAGCACCACAUGAUCCACACUGGAGAGAGGCCCUACGAGUGCAUGGAGUGUGGGAAAGCCUUCAACCGCAAGUCAUACCUCACACAACACCAGCGGAUUCACAGUGGAGAGAAGCCCUAUAAGUGCAAUGAGUGUGGAAAGGCCUUCACCCACCGCUCCAAUUUUGUCCUGCAUAAGAGGAGACACACUGGAGAAAAAUCCUUUGUGUGCAAAGAAUGUGGGCAAGUUUUUCGACAUAGGCCAGGAUUUCUUCGACAUCACAUCAUCCACAGUGGCGAGAACCCUUAUGAGUGCUUCGAGUGUGGCAAGGUCUUCAAACACAGGUCGUACCUCAUGUGGCACCAGCAGACUCACACUGGGGAGAAGCCCUAUGAGUGCAGUGAGUGUGGGAAGGCCUUCUGUGAGAGUGCAGCCCUCAUUCACCACUACGUCAUCCACACUGGGGAGAAGCCCUUUGAGUGCCUCGAGUGUGGGAAGGCCUUCAACCACAGGUCCUACCUCAAGAGGCACCAGCGGAUCCACACUGGGGAGAAGCCCUAUGUGUGCACUGAGUGUGGAAAGGCCUUCACCCACUGCUCCACUUUCAUCUUGCAUAAGAGGGCCCACACUGGAGAAAAACCUUUUGAGUGCAAAGAAUGUGGGAAAGCCUUCAGCACCAGGAAAGACCUUAUUCGACACUUCAGCAUCCACACAGGGGAGAAACCGUACGAGUGCAGUGAGUGUGGGAAGGCCUUCAAUCGCAGGUCAGGCCUCACGAGGCACCAACGGAUUCACAGUGGAGAGAAGCCCUACGAAUGUAUGGAGUGCGGGAAAGCCUUCUGCUGGAGCACGAAUCUCAUUCGACACGCCAUUAUCCACACUGGGGAGAAGCCAUAUAAGUGCAGUGAGUGUGGAAAGGCCUUUAGUCGCAGCUCAUCCCUGAGUCAGCACCAAAAGAUGAUUCACUCUGGAUUGAAGCCCUAUGAAUGCACAGAGUGUGGAAAAACCUUUAGUAAGAGCACUUACCUCCUUCAGCACCACAUGGUCCACACAGGGGAGAAGCCCUAUAAGUGCAUGGAGUGUGGGAAGGCCUUCAACCGAAAAUCACACCUUACACAACACCAGCGGAUUCACAGCGGUGAGAAGCCCUAUAAGUGCAAUGAGUGUGGAAAGGCCUUCACUCACCGCUCCACUUUUGUCCUGCAUAACAGGAGCCACACGGGCGAAAAACCCUUUGUGUGCAAAGAAUGUGGAAAAGCCUUCCGAGACAGGCCAGGUUUCAUUCGACACUACAUCAUCCACAGUGGUGAGAACCCUUACGAGUGCUUCGAGUGUGGCAAGGUCUUUAAACACAGGUCGUACCUCAUGUGGCACCAACAGACUCACACUGGGGAGAAGCCCUAUGAGUGCAGUGAGUGCGGGAAGGCCUUCUGUGAGAGUGCAGCCCUCAUUCACCACUACGUCAUCCACACUGGGGAGAAGCCCUUUGAGUGCCUCGAGUGUGGGAAGGCCUUCAACCACAGGUCCUACCUCAAGAGGCACCAGCGGAUCCACACUGGGGAGAAGCCCUAUGUGUGCAGUGAGUGUGGAAAGGCCUUCACCCACUGCUCCACUUUCAUCUUGCAUAAGAGGGCCCAUACUGGAGAAAAACCUUUUGAGUGCAAAGAAUGUGGGAAAGCCUUCAGCAAUCGGGCAGAUCUCAUUCGACACUUCAGCAUCCACACAGGGGAGAAACCAUAUGAGUGCAGCGAGUGUGGGAAGGCGUUCAACCGCAGGUCAGGCCUCACGAGGCACCAACGGAUUCACAGUGGAGAGAAGCCCUAUGAAUGCAUGGAGUGUGGGAAAACCUUCUGCUGGAGCACGAACCUCAUUAGGCACUCCAUUAUCCACACUGGGGAGAAGCCCUAUGAGUGCAGUGAAUGUGGAAAGGCCUUUAGUCGCAGCUCAUCCCUGAGUCAGCACCAAAAGAUGCAUUCUGGAAGAAACCCUGUCAGUGUAACAGAAGUGAGAAGACCCUUCACCAGUGGACAGACUGCAGUCAACCUCCAGGAACUCCUGUUGGGGAAAGACUUUUUGAAUGUAAGCACUGAGGGAAAUCUUUUGCCAGAAGAAACAUCUUACUCAGAAUCUACUCAUUCAUACCAAAGAGAAACCCCACAAAUAUCUUCCCUGUAAGAAAACCUGUCGCAAGAUUGCUCAUCUAAUGAGUCAUAUUGGAGAUUGACUCUGCCUAGAGCCUUAUUGUGAAUCAGAAAAUUCAUCAGGAGAGAGACCCAGUGGUUAUUAGGCCCUUAGAAAACCUUCAGCUACAUCUUUCUCCUUAGUUUACACUGCAGUGUUAUCUCAGGAAUGUUUUCUUUAAAAAGAAGGGAGAGUCUUAGAAAAUGAACUGCAAAUAGUUUCUUUCAGACUCCUUGCUAAGCCUAUGGCACUUUGUCAUAGAUUCAUUAGUUUAGCUGGCAAGAGGAAAGUUUUGCUUCAGAGGUAAAGGACUGAGGGUCUUUAUGUGUCUUGUACAUACAUUCAUUACUGUCCAGUGUCCAGAGAGUUAGACAGUUCAGGGCAGGUCUAUAAACUUUCAUUGAAUAUCUUGUUCUAAAAUGUUGUCUCCACUCUUAAGGAGCUUAAUUUUUGUGAGGAAUAUGAAAGCUUGAGCCAUCAAAUACCUUUCUAUUUGAGGAGGUAAGAAUACAAAUAUAAAUGGGGCCGUUUUAUUGCACCAAUUAAGACUGUUUAAAAGCUUUGAUUUUUAAAAAACAAACUUUUCUCAAUUUUGUUUUAAAAACCUAAUACUCAAGACAUUUUCUUGGUCCUGUGCUCUUGGCUUACUUGAUUGCUAUAGUUAUAUGGUAAAUUUUUUAAUUGGGUAAAGUGAUUCUGCUGUCCUUAUUCUUUAUGUAAAAAUGAUGUAUCACUCUUAGUUACUUUGAAUUUCCAUAUAAAGUUUUAUAUAUACUUGACUAUAUCAAAAAAAUCUUUAUUGAAUUUUAAUAGAAAUUAAGUUAAAUUGGCAGAUCAAUUUGAAAAUAGGCACCUUUACUGUGUUGAGUCUUCCAAUUAUUUAACAGUAUGUCUCUACAUUUAAAUAUUGCUUAAUUUAUUUCAUUACAAUUUUAUACAUUUCAAUAACAGGUCUUGCACAAUUUUUAUAAGAUUUAUAUCUGUCUAGGUGGGUGUUUUUUGAGUGAUGAUAAAUAGCAUUGAUUUUUUAUCUUUCAAUUUCCACACAAUCUUUGUUAGUAACAAAUCUAAAGAUUUUUGGAUGUGAUUUUGGCAUCCUGAAACCUUGCUGAACUGUAGCCAUUUCUUUUGAUAGAAUGCUUGGGAUUUCGUACAUGGAAAUAUAAUUUGCAAAUAGAGAUAGUUUUAUUUCUUCCUUCUCAUCUGUAUACCUUUUUCUUGUUUUACUGCACUAGCUAGCAUUUUCCACUAUGACGUUGAAUAGUAGUAGUGAGAAAGGAUAUCCUAGCCUGGUUCCUGAUAUUGGGGGGAAAACAUUAAGUUUUUUAUCAUGAAGUGUGAUGUUAGUCUUAAGGUUUUCUUCAUAGAGGUUUAUUAUCAAGUUUAGAAAGUUUCCAAUAUUCUUAAUUUGCUGAGGUUUUGUUGUUGUUGUUGUUAUUUUGAAUGGGUGUUGAAUUUUGUCAAAUGGUUUUUCCUAUUAGUUGAUAUAAUCAUAUUUUUUUUCUUCUGUAGCUUAUUGAUAUGGUGUAUUAUAUUGAUAAUAGUUUUGAAUGUUGAACCAGCCGUGUAUCCUUGGAAUACGCCCCUGUUGGUCAUGGAGCAUAAUUAUUUUUAUGUAUUAUGGUAUUCAGUAUGCUAGUAUUUUAUGAGAAAGUUUUCCUUUAUUUUCAUGAGAGAGAAUAUGUAGCUUUUUUUUUUUCUUUCAUUUGUGGGUCUUACUUGUUUUUGUUAUAUUGUCAUUGUCUGGUUUUGGUGUCUAGGUGAUAACAGCCUCCCAAUAGGUAUUGAGAUGUGUUCCUUCUAUUAUUUGGAAGACAGUGUGUAGAAUUGGUUGUAUUUGUUUUUAAUGUUUGGUAGCAUUCUCCAAGGAACCAUUUAGUCCUAGAGGUUAUUCUUUUGGACCUUUUUAAUUAUGUAUUUAUUUUAUUUAAUAUGUAUAGAACUAUUUAGAGUAUUUCAUAUUAGAUUAAUUUUCAUAGUUUGUCCUUUUCUAGAAAUUGUUUCAUUCUUUCUAAGCUUUAUUUGCUUUAAGUAAUCCUUUAUCAUUCUUUAAUGGCAGCAGAAUCUGUUUAUAUACCUUGUUUUAUUUCUGAUAUUGGAAAUGUGUCAAUUCUUUUUUUAUCUUUAUUAGUCUUAGUAUGUAUGAGUUUUUUCAUCGUUUCAAAGAACCAACAUUUUAUAUCAUUAUUUUUACUCUGUUAUCUUUCUGUUCCUAAUUUCACUGAUUUUUUCCCCUGAUUUUUAUUACGUUCUUUUUGCUACUUGCUUUUGUUGUAUUUUCCUGUGUAGUUUCUUGAAAUGGAUGCUUAGAUUACUGAUUUGAAAUUUACUCUUCUAAUAUAAGUAUUAAAUUCUGUAAAUAUCCCUCACAGCACUAUUUUAGCUUUAUCUCACAAGUUUUAAUAUAUUUUAAUUACAUUUCAUUCAAUUCUAAAUAAUUUCUUCAUUUGAGACUUCCUCUCUGACCCAUAAAUUAUUUAGAAGUAUGUAGUUUAAUUUUCUAGGGUUUGGCAUGUUUUAUGUUCUCUUUUUUGCUAUUGAUUUCUAGUUUGAUCUGGCCGUUUAAAUUUGUUGAGGUUUGUUUUAUGAUCGAGGAAAUAGUCUGUCUUGCUGAAUGUUCUAUAAGGCUGCUUGAAAAGAAUGUGUAUUCUACUGUCGGAGUUUCUAUAAAUGUCUACACAAUUCUGUCAGUUGAUGAUGUUAUUCAGAUUUUCUAUAUCCUUGCUGGUUUUCUGUCUAGUGUUUCUAUCAAUAGCUCAGAGACAGCUGUUGAAGCCCUGCAGUAUAAUUGUGGAAUUGUCUGUUCCUCCUUUAAGUUCUAUUAGUUUUUAUUUGCAUGUACUUCAAAUCUCUGUUGUUUGGUGCAUCCACAUUUAGGAUUGCUUUGUCAUCUUGGUCUGUUGACCCUUUUAACAUUAUGUAAUGCCCUCUGAAUUUUCUUUGCUUUGAAAUAUACUUUAUCUGAUAUUAAUAUAGUCAAUAUUUCAUUUUUUGAUUAAUGUUUGCAUGGUUUAUAUUUUUCCAUCAUUUCAUUUUCAGCCUUAUCUAUAUCGUUACAUUUGAAGUAAGUUUCUGUGAAUGGCAUAUAUUCAGGUCAUCCUUUUGUUUUUAUCCAUUUUAUCAAUUUCUGGUUUUAAAUUGGUAUAUUUAGACCAUUUAUUGAUACAUUAGUCUUAAGUCUUCCAUUUUUGUUUUUGUUUCCUGUUUAUUGUUCUCCUAUUAUUUUUGCCUUUCUGUGGGUUACUUUAAUUUUUAGAAUUCCAUCUGAUAUAUCUAUGAUGUUUUUGAGUAUCUCUUUGUAUUUUAGUGAUUACUAGGUAUUACAUAUACAUAACUUAUCACAGCCUAGGACAUAUCAACAUUUUUGCACUUUGAUCUGUAGAAAGCUUACUUUCAUUGGGUCCCUUUACAUUCCCUAUUCUUUAAUAUAAUUGUCUUAAGUAUUUUCAUACACUGAGCACCAAUUUGGGUGAUGUUCUUUUUUCCUUCACCUUUCAAAGUUUUUACAAAACUCAUGAGAAGCGUAGUCUGUUCACCUUUACUUUUACCCAUUCCAUUGCUUUUUCUUCCUUCUUGAAAUCCCAAGGUUUCUUCUGUUAACAUUUCCUUUCUUUUUCACUAACUUUUAUAGUCUUUCUUCUAGGGUAGGUCUUCUGAUAAUGUUGUUUUUGUAUUCCUUCAUCUAAAAAUGUCUUUAUGUCCCCUUCAUUCCCAAAAGAAAAUUUUUGUGGCAUACAGGAUUCGGGAUCAGCAGUUCUUGUUUCUUAAUACUUGAAAAACAUGUCACUUCUCUCUGUUUUCCUUGUUUUUAGAUGAGAAAUCUGCUGCCAUUUGACCCGUUGUUUCCCUGUCUGUAAUGCAUUCUUUCUGUCAAGCUGCUUUCAGAGUGCUUUUCCUUUGUGUGUAUAUAAUCCCUUUCUAUCCUCAUAAUCUGUACCUGUGUUCAAGUCUCUAGUCUCACCUCUAGGCACUUUCUAUCCCAUAUGCUCAUUGAGCACUGCCCUACUUUAUUCUUUCACAGAUACAUUCUGUAUAACUGUUCUGUCUGCUUCUGUCCCCACCCUUUCACAUGGCUUUCACUCCAUUGACAACUGAAGAAUGGCCUCUACCACUGUCUCUAGACUUAAACAGGUCUCACAAAGUUCCCUUUUGCCCUACUCUCUCUCCUCCAUUAUUAGACCUUCUUAUUGCUGCCCUCCUCUCUGAUUUGAAGGUCGUUUCCUAGUCUGUGAGUUCCUUCUCUGCUCCUUCAGAUGGUAUUACUAUGCAUCAGCUACUGUUUUGAAUAUUUUACACACAUUAACUCUUAACCUUUGCAACAAGUCUAUGUAGUAGGUAAUGUUAUCCCCAUUUUACAGAUGAGAAAACUUAAGGCGCAAAAAGGUUAAGGAAUUUGCCCAAAGUUGUACAGUCAAUUAGGAGGUGAUGAGGGAUUGGAGGCCAGUUAGGGUGGCUGCAGAAUUCAUGCCCAUACCACUUUCUUGUAUUCUUCCUCACAGGGUAACUCUGUUUUCCUGGUCACUGUUCAUUUUUACUAAAAUAGAUUUUUAAAAUGCUCAUUUCUCUAUUUCUCAUUUGACGAUCCAUCUUGGCCAUUUCUUCAGGUUGAGUGAAAUAAACCAAACUCACUCUUUAAUGACUAUAUAAUUUAUUGUAACUUUUGUAGAAAAUACAGAUAAUCUCUGGGUUUGAGGUUGAAGGGAAGUAGAGAAGAGCUAAAGCAGGCAUUUGGUUUUAGAUAUUGUGUUUGAGGUACCUGAAAAGCAUCUCAGUGAAUCCAUUACCUCUUGUCUUGUCCAAGCCAGAUCCCUCGCAGCCAUUUUUUUAUCACCCUCCAUCCAGCCACUGUCUCACCCUCUUCAUUUUACCUUUUUAUUUUCCUUAGUAGACAUUCAAUAUGUGUGUGUUUUGGUGAAUGGCCACACACAGCAGUGUAUUUUUAUUAUAAUGCUUGGGUCCCUCACAGAGUGCUUACACAAAGCUGUGUAUAUAGUUGGCAAAGGAUAUUGACAUGGUGACCUUGAAGAGAAACUAUACAGGUUUUUAUGGCCAGAUCAAUAAGACUUUAUAAGUCAUAAUGAAUGGUUGUCAGAAGUCCUCAAGACCACUCCAGGUUUGAUGACUUAUUAUGAAGACUUAAAGGACUGAGCAUAUUACCAUACUCAAUGGCUAUGAUUUAUUACAGCAAAAGAAUACAAAGCAAACCCAGCUGAGGGAAGAGGUAUCAGGACUGUAGUCCAGAGGAAACCAGGGCCAAGCGUUAGGAGUUCUGAGUUCUUAAUUUAAGCUUCAUCAAUGAGUUACAACAGUAUGUAUUAAAUGGCUAUCAGGGAAGCUCAUUAGAAACUCAGUGUCCAGGGAUUUUAUUGGGCAUUCUGUGUAGAACAUAAUCAAGAUUCUAGACCUCCAGAAGGAUAGCAGGUCACCAGUAUACGCCACAUUGUUUACACAAACAAUAGGCAAAUCGAGCUAUUCAGCCUUUCUGGGAGUGUGGGAAACCUCCUAAAGUCUAAGGUCCCAAAGUCUGGCUGAGGGCAAACUUUGAAGCUCAAAGGUAGCAGUUCAAGGCCUGCUAUGUUAACUUUUCUUCACCAUGACUUGAAUGGCACUAAAAUGUUGAGUAAGUUCAAAUGUUUUUAACAAAUUCAGUUUGCUACAACAAAAAAUAAGUCAUUUUGAGGGAAAAGAUUAUAUAUACAUGUAAACCAUUGUAACUAAAGCAGUUAAAUCACAGUAGAAAUUCUUACAAAGCAGUCAAGAUCUAAUUUAGUGAUGACAAAGUACAGAGUGUCUGGUGAGAAAGGAUCUUGACUCUUAAUAUCUAUAUAUGUAUAUAGAUAGGUCCUAAAGUGAUUUGACUUGCCAAUAUCCCCUUCGCCUCUGUUUCUACAGAGAUAUAAUGGCCAGGUCAAUGCUGUCUAUUUCCAUUGCACAUAUGUCAACAAUUUCUCGUUUACUCUUUGUUUCCAUUUGAAACUUGUAGCCUUCGGGUUCAAAAAAGAGAAAAUUAAAGAAUAUGUGGUCAUAAUAA